AUGCAGCAAUCAUUUGCCGUUCUCACUGCUUUCCUCAUCGUUUCUGCUUCGGCCUCCUCGCUCAUCCGACGUGAUGAAGGGACCGAUAAUCAAUGUUUCGAGUUCGAUUCCAUGAUCCCCGAGAAAUCUACCUGUAACUCGCGACCUGAUCUCGUGUGCACCAAGGGAUGUACCGGUGGUAUUGCUGCAUCUGGCUGUGUCUGGGGCCCUUCUGGAAAUGCUACCAAGGAAGAAACAGAGAAGGGACGAGCUGCCCACCCGAAACCUGAGAACGUUACUUGCACCAAGGCCAUGGGCAAAUCGUCUGCCUCCUCAUACACUUGCCGUACCGAUACCGAUGUAUACACUUGCUCCAGUCGUUCCGCCGGUAGCGCAACUUGUUCCGGAUGUGUGUCAAACGGUGUCCAAAUCGGCAACGUUCCCGCCACUACCCCUGGAGCCAACGGCACUGCUAUGAACAACACCAUGCCUAACGACAAAGACAUGUCCAACAACAUGACGUCGGGUGACGCGACAGCUUGCAACAACACUGCUAUGCCUGCUACCAACGCUUCAGGAUCUGGUAACGGCAAUGCCACCAGCCCCAGCUCCACUACCAGUUCCGCCUUCGUGGUUUCUGGCAACAUGGUCUCUGCCGUUUCUGCCUCUCUCUUUGCUGGUGUCGCCUCUCUAGUUCUCUAA